AUGAUGAUGACAACAAAUUGCUAUUCAACAUUUACAACAUCCAACAAUACCCUCACUCCAUCUUCCAUGACAGAUCCCUCCUUGGACGAUCUUCCCGACCAUUUACCCUCGACGAGUAUCCUUUCUUCUUGUUUUUCAAGCAAGAUUUCCAGACAACUCCACACCACACAAAACCUCCCUUCGAAUACACAAUAUCAGUUCAUUCCCAAGAGGAGGAAGCGAGUCAAUCAUAUCAGAGGACAUGUUCCUCUCACUAACAACUCACAACGAACUCCAUCACCGUUAUCUCCUUGUUCCUUAGACGAUGAUUUGGAGGACCAUAAUGAUGAUGAUGAUGGGAUUGAUAAUGAUGAUGCAUGUACUGCCUAUUCCAAUACCACUAGUGGAAGUUCCUCUCCUCUUCAUCAGGAGGAUCCUUUUGAUGUCAAUGGCAAUCUAUCGUCAGAGUUAACUCCCUCCACGAAUGGUUUUCUCAAUGCAACCACUGCCCCUCCCUCCACUUCUCAUCCUCCUACUGCUAUGAACAGCAACACCUAUCCUCCUUCUUCCUCGAUGUCCACUAAUGUACUUUCCACUAAGCGACUUUCGAAUAAUAUUGGUUAUGGCUCUUCGCAGCCAACCACGAACAAACAUGAUCUUGCAGAAAACGUAGAGCAUCCCACAAAUGUCACUCUCAGCAACGAUGAUGUACCACCAGAAUCGACAAGUAAUGAGAAAAAAAUCAAAUAUCCCAGCAUCUUUCGAUUUGUCAAAACCACACCUAGGGAGGAGAGUGAAAUAAUCUCGACCUCGUUUCCUUCAACAACAAACUCAUUAACAACCCUACAUGCACACCAUUCUGUAAUUGCUUUGAACGAGGACGAAGAUCAUGCAGCAUCAAGGCAUACACAAAACGAUUCGUCACUCCACAAUCAUCGAAAAGAAGUUCUCGCAAGGAAACGAGCUUCUUUGGAUUGUCAGAACGCCUCUGCACCAACAGUUGCACAUCAUGACCCUCACCUUGAAAAGAUUAAGGACGAAAUUCAUAUGCGAAGGAACAUUAAGAAAGCUCAGCAACAAGUUAAUGGAGUCGAAAACGCUCCAGAAAACCGAAACAGCCCCAUUCCACACAGCGACCAUUCAAUGAUCACUGAAUUCCGAAGGAGCAAGCUCGAACGACAACUAAGCAACAAUCAAGUGGUAGGAUGUAAAAAUUAA